ACGAACGGUAAUCGGGUCCGAUUGCGUUCCGUUCCAUUUGCUUCGAAUCGUAAUCGUGUCAGUGUCGUCCUGUCUCUCUCUCUCUCUCUCUCUCUCUCUCUCAAGUUAAAACCCUGAAUCCUCGUCCAACCAAAAGAAAAAGAAAAACCCUAAACGCUCCGCUCUCCCGCCGAAAUAUCUCUCUGUGUGUUUGUUUUCCGCCACCCCGCCGCUGCCGCCGCAGCAACUGCGAAGACAGGGAGAGAAAAAUGGUGGGACGCGGUUCUUCCAGUGAGGAGGACGAACACGGGGCUCUAAGAGAGUUGUUCAGGCACCACAUAGAAUCGUUCGAUCACAUGGUGGAGUACGGUCUGGAGACGACGCUCAUGUCGAUCAGGCCCAUUCAAGUCCAGGACUCGUCAUCCGGCAUCAGGCUUCGAGUGUGGUUUGGAAAACCGGAAUUGUAUCCACCGCACAAGGAACGUGUUUCCCGGACAAUGCAUGAAGCUCUGCUUCCCUAUGAAUGUAGACAAGCUAAAAUUACGUACGCGGGGAAGUUCCAAGCUGAUGUUUGCUUUCAAUAUGGCGAUGGAGCUGUUAUUAGAGAAAAGUUUAAUUUUGGUCAGUUUCCUAUAAUGCUAAAGGCCCUCAUCAUGAUCCCCAUACAAAAUGAUUUAGCAUACCUUCGUGGUAGGCCUGACCACGGUUCUGGAGCUGGCGAUUCCUGUUCCAAUACAAGCUGGAACCGAAACCGAACCAACCCAACGGUUCCGGUUCCGAAUUUUAUUUAUUAUCAUCCCAGAUGUGUCAGACAAGAUCAAUCUGCUGUAACGGUUAAGUUGUAUUAUCUUAAUAACGGAAGUGCAAGACUUGGAUUCUGGAUACAAGCAAAGGAAUAUUUGCUACCUGCAGGGCUUGUUCUGAAGGCCCUUGCUGACACAACUGAUCAUGAAAUCUAUGUGAGUUUGACACGUUAUUCGAAGGCAAAAUUCCACAGAGGAAAGGGCUGUGUUGGCACACAGCUUGCGGAUGAAAGGGCAAAAAUUAUUCUUGAUGAAGUCCUGGACUUGUCUCUUUUUACUCGCAAUCAGUGUCUGCAGCAUCUCGGAGAGUACUUCCGGCCCGUUAUGGAUGGACUGGAAAACGAAAGUUAUUCUGUUGUUGCAGAUGCUGUUCUAAGAGACUACAUAUUUGUCCACCUAGAUAACAAUCAGGACAAGUUUAAUCUGCUCAUCUUUAUGCUGCAGAAGCUUUUCUCUCUUAUAGAUCACACGUCUGUGCCAGACAAUCCAGAUUCCUUGCAAAACCAGGAAGUGUUACUGCCUGGUCAUUUGAUUAACAUUUUGCUCAAGGAUAAGCUACAAGAUUGGCUGCAGAGAGCAAGGCGACUUCUUCAAGAUGAAAUUGAUAAUAAAAGCAAAAACUUUGACUUCAACAGCUUAGCCCAUGUGAAGAAGGUUAUGGAUAAAAAUCCUUCAAGACAGAUCAGCUCUGCUGUUGAGAACAUGCUGAAAACUGGAAGGCUUCCUACACAAUCUGGUUUAGAUUUACAGCAGAAAGCUGGCAUGACAGUACAGGCAGAGCGACUGAAUUUUCUCCGUUUCGUUUCACAUUUUCGAGCUGUUCAUCGAGGUGCUUCAUUUGCUGGACUUCGUACCACAAGUGUGAGGAAGUUGUUGCCCGAAUCUUGGGGUUUCCUUUGCCCUGUUCACACACCUGAUGGGGAGCCAUGUGGGCUGCUGAACCAUAUGACCUGUACUUGCCGUAUCACUUCAUACUACGAUUCGAAAGGACAUCUCAGGGACUUCUUCAAAAUGCGAAUGUCUAUUCUCAGUGUUCUGGUUGGAGUUGGCAUGACACCUUCCUUGCCAAAGCUUGUGCAAGCUGGUCCUCCUGAAGUUCUGUCUGUUCUUCUUGAUGGUCAUGUUGUUGGCUUCAUUCCAUCUGAUUUAGUUGAGAAAGCUGUCAGUCAUUUACGGAGAUUAAAACUGUCAGCUACCUCAGGGAUUCCUGAGGAUCUUGAGGUUGGCUAUGUUCCUCUUAGCUUGGGUGGAGCAUAUCCUGGUUUAUACCUGUUCACAUCUCCAUCUAGGUUUGUCCGGCCUGUUCGAAAUAUAUCUGUUGCUUCUGAAGAAAACAGUGAUAUUGAACUUAUUGGUCCCCUUGAACAGGUUUAUAUGGAAAUAAGGUGUGCAGAUGGUGGUGAUGGUGGAAGGGGAAAUAGUUUACCUGCCACUCAUGAAGAAAUCCACCCAACUGGAAUACUCAGUUUGGUUGCUAAUCUCACUCCUUGGUCUGACCAUAAUCAGAGUCCACGUAAUAUGUAUCAGUGUCAGAUGGCAAAACAAACAAUGGCUUUUUCUACACAAGCAAUUAACUGCCGCGCAGAUCAAAAGCUGUAUCACCUUCAGACUCCUCAAACGCCAAUUGUACGCACUAAAGCAUAUGAAAAGUACAGCAUUAAUGAAUUCCCACUUGGAACAAAUGCAGUUGUUGCAGUUCUGGCAUAUUCAGGAUAUGAUAUGGAGGAUGCCAUGGUUUUGAAUAAAGCAGCUGUGGAUCGUGGGAUGUUUCAUGGACAAAUAUACCAGACAGAAACUAUUGAUUUGACUGAACAAAGUGGCAAAGCAGAUCGUGGCCAGAGAAUUUUUAGAAGAAGUAAUCUUGAUAAGUCUGCACAUUCUUUAAUUGAUUCGGAUGGACUUCCAUAUGUUGGGCAAAGAAUAAAUCCGAACGACCCGUAUUGUAGUAUCUAUGAUGAAAUAACAAGUGCAACAAAAAAUACCAUAUUAAAGGGUUCAGAACCUGUUACUGUUGAUUAUGUUGCUGUCGAUGUGAAAAAUAAAAAGCAGCUGCAGAAAGUUAACAUACGAUUUCGGCGUUCCAGGAAUCCUGUAAUUGGUGAUAAAUUUAGCAGCAGGCAUGGACAAAAAGGUGUUUGCUCACAGUUGUGGGCAGAUAUAGAUAUGCCAUUUUCAGCAGUUACAGGAAUGCGUCCAGAUCUUAUUAUCAACCCACAUGCAUUUCCUUCUAGGAUGACAAUAGCUAUGCUUUUGGAAUCUAUUGCUGCUAAGGGAGGUUGCUUGCGCGGACAAUUUGUGGAUGCAACACCAUUUUCUAGCUCAACAGAUCAGGCUAGCGGAGAGUCAGCAUCUGAAUCAAGUUCACUUGUUCACGAUCUUGGUUCCCUGUUAGCCUCUUGUGGGUUUAAUUACAGUGGUUUGGAGGUAUUGUACAGUGGAGUUUAUGGAACAGAAUUAACUUGUGAGAUUUUUAUGGGGCCUGUUUAUUAUCAGCGACUUCGCCAUAUGGUUUCAGACAAAUAUCAGGUUAGAUCCACUGGAACAGUGGACCAGCUGACAAGGCAGCCUAUUAAGGGAAGAAAGCGUGGAGGGGGUGUACGUUUUGGAGAGAUGGAACGAGAUUCCCUCCUUGCUCACGGAGCUGCAUAUUUACUCCACGAUAGACUACACACUUGCUCUGAUCAUCACAUUGCAGAUGUGUGUUCCAUUUGCGGAAACAUCCUUGCCACAUCGCUCAUCCAUCCACAGAAGCGAACAGUACGUGAGAUCGGGGGCCUCCCGCCAGGUAGAGCCCCGAAAAAGGUUAUUUGUACCGCCUGCCAGACAAGUAAAGGAAUGGAGACGGUUGCAAUGCCUUAUGUGUUCCGAUAUCUGGCCGCUGAAUUAGCUGCUAUGAACAUAAAAAUGACACUUCAGCUGAGUAAUGGUGCAGGAGUAUAGUACCUGUUUCAUGCAGUUCAGGCACCAAGGAUGUAUUGAAUUUUGCACCGAUGGUAGGCUAGUUUUUCGCCACGACCAGAGCCAAGCUUGGAUCUCGCUGUUAUUUCGAACAGCUGCUAUGAGUUGGAUGGAGGGUAGAGAGGCGCUCAAAUAGAGGUUUAUGAGUAGUCAUUUGGCUGCUGCUAAGGAUCGGUUGCCUUAUUAUUUAUCGUUUACUUGGUUCAUUUUUUCUAGGUCUGUCGUCACGAUAUCAUUUAUUUCUCAGUUGGGUUUUUCUGCUACAUUUUUUCCCGGUUUUGCCUAAGAAUUCAAAACGAAUGUUGUAUAUGAAACAUUGUUCCUAAAUUAGUAGUACGCACUACCCACAAAAAUAGUGCAACUAUUUUGCCUUUA